AUGACAGACGACGACGAUCAGGCGACCGGCUGGGACUUCGAAGCGUUCAAGAAGGACUACCUGGCGAGGAGAUGCAGCCUGACACUUCUGACGCCCGUGCAUGCACCAGGCGGAACAAUCAAGAUCGACGAGGCGCGCUGCCUGGAAAACCUCCCCGACAACCGCACCUCGACGGGACACGACCCCGCCCUCCGGCGCGAAGCCAAGAACACCCCGACGGAAGAAGGCAUCACGGCCCCCAAAAAGCCACUGCCGCGCCAGCCACGAUGGACGGCCGACGACGAGAGAGCCCUGGAUCGAGCUUUCCAGCGAGCAGAGGCCGACAGAGCCGCCGAGGCAACACCGCCAAGAAACGAAGCCGUGGAAGCGGCAAAGCUCGCAAGGAAUGCCGCUGAACCAUCUCACGAAGAACCGGAGCACUUUCGGGGCAUGCUGGCCAUCAAGAAGAUGUCAGGCGACGGCAACUGCCUCUUCCACGCGCUCGGAGAGAACACCGGCGAGAGCGGGGCAUGCCUCCGAGCCCUAAUCAUCCAGUACCUCAGAGAGAACGCAGAAGCCGAAGAAGACGAAGAGCAAGUGCAUGCCUGGCUACAGGAAAGCCAAUACCUCCAAAGCGAGCCGGGUCACUGGGGCGGCGACACGGCCAUCAUCGCUUUCACCCGCAUGAGGCAGCAGCGAGUCCGUUUGCACUGGCGGACGCCAAACGGCGACAUCCUCACGAGCGAGCGCACGCACUCGGACGUGGACGAAGCAGCCCAACGCGGGCCGCACGCAGCACCGAACGCCACGGAAGUGAUCCAUCUCUGGUACAACGGCAGGGACCACUACGACCUGCUGUCAUGA